GGCAGUUUUGAUUCCAAUCUUUGAUGGAGGAUAAAGCAAACCUACGCAAAGUGAACACCCAUUCGUGACAAUGGCUUUCUUCCGGGAGACGAUUUCUUCAGUAUCUUCAAGCCCUCUCUUCUCCGCCAUUGUCACCCUCUUCACUCUCAUCCUUCUAUACUUUCCCUCUCUUCUCCGGGAUCCCCUUUUCUCCCCUCUCCUCAUUUCCACCUCCGUUCUGCUCUACUCUCUCCUCCACCUCGGCGUGGCUCAGAGGAUUUCCCGAGUCGACUCAGAAACCAGCCAUCUUUCAGCGAAGAAUACGACUCUGUUAUUACAAUCAUCGAGUGUGGAUGGCAGGAACAUUCCGGGCAAGCGCUUGGACUUGAAUUCGAACCCGGACCCGAAUUCUGGCCCAUUAUCUGCGGAAGAUUUUAUUGAGUGGGAUGUGAGGGCCCCUCUGGAGGUUAUUCGUGAAGAACGGGGCGGAGAAGAAGAUGAAGAAGAGGCUCUGGAUGAGAAGAGAGUGGCGGCGAUUCAGAGGUAUGCUUCUCUGUCGAUGUAUUAUCCGGAUUCAGAUUCGGAUAGUUCGUCAGGAGGGGGAGCUCCUGUUGUCGGAGAGCCGGAUUCGCCGGAGACGAUGUGUUUCUGGUGGGAAGAGGUUGAUAAAGACGAGUUGAUUGAGAUUUCGUUGGACGGGAAGAGGAUUACUAGUGAGCCGGAAGAAGAUAACUUGAUCGAGAUCGACCUUUCCCCGGGCCGAUGACGACUGGUUUUCCGAUAAGGUUUAGAUUUAAUUUAUUUGUUAAUCAAUAUACUCCGUACUUGAGGUAAAUGGUGUGACCUCCUAAAAUAUUAAUCGAGUAUAAAGUGAGACAGUUGGGAACUUGAAUUUAAUUUUUCCAUCAAACUAAUGUUUUGAUACAAUCAUAUAUGGAGUAUUAAUAUGAUAGUACUAAUGUAUAAUGUUAUAACUAAUAAUAUUUUCUUAAUUAGGUAGUAAUUAUUUCAAUUAACCGAAAAACGUCACACUCAGAUAUUAGAUUUUUAGGUUACUUUUACUUCAAUUUAGAGAAUUUAUUUUGUCGCUACGGACGUAAAAUGACGAUGAUUUACUUAUAAACAUUUUCUAAAUAUAUAACUUUUACAAAUUUACAAAAUGACGAUUAUUUUCAAAUUUAGCUUGUUUAUAGCCCCAUUUUUUACAUAUCAAUUGACUUUUUCUAAAUAUAUAACUUUUAAUUUUGUGUGAUAGGCUGUAUAAUAAAUAAAAUAGUAAUAUUGAUUUUACUUCUCUGACAGAGCUAGCUGAAAUUGCUUAUGAGAGACUAUUUAAUCUCUUUUUUCAUAUAUACUUUUUCCUUACUUUAUUAAUACAAUACUACGUAUAAUUUAAAUAUAAUUUUUUCCACAAUUUUUUUCAUUACAUACAUACACAAGCUGAUACUCCCUCCGUCUCUAAAUUAUCUUCCAAAGUAAUUUUACAUGAAAAUUAAGAAAGUGUGGAUUGUGUGAUAUAGAAAUGUGUAAGAACGCAUUAGAAAUAUUGUGUAACAUAAAUUACAAAAGCUAAUAAGGAACAAAUUACUCAAACAAGUCCAGAUAUUUUGGAGAGUAUAGUACGAAAUAUUUUCCCAUACGGCCAUACUAAAUUACUAAUUCAGGAUCCUGAAUAGAUCAAGCUAUGUCCAUUCUUUGUCAUAAUAUCUAAACCCCCAUUUCGCCACUUAAUGAUCAUUCAAUCAUUGUAUUAAUUCCAAUUUUUAUGUUUUGGUUCUUGUUAUUUCGUUGAAAUUCUUGUGGAGUGAAGAUCGUGCCUCUUAACCAUGGGCGUUUAAGUAUUAUUUUGUUCAUUUAGCAAGAUGUAAUGAAUACUCGGCUAAUCUCAUUUGGAUGUUAAUCUUUGUCUUCACAUAGUUUAUAUACUCCAUCUUAUACUA